GACUAGUACUACCAUGUGCUAUCAGUGGCCCUAUCGGCUACCGCAGUCGCGGUUGCAAUUGUAAUGUAAUUGAUAAUGUGAUUGUAAUUGUAAUACGCGGCUGCAAAGAUUAGUCAGUGGGUUCUCGGAAAUGCGUCUCGGAUUAUGACUGUUUGGGGAGGUGGUAUCUCCGGGCCGUUGAUUACAAAAGUUAUGGAAUCGACCUUUAUAUAUAAAUAGCUGAUGGAAUUCAUUAUAGAAUAGGGAUAGGCAGCAAGCACAAUAUGACUGUUGAAGAUCAAACCAUUUGGAAGUUCAAGUACGACGAUACUUUUAAACAAUACUACUAUAUAAAUACCAAGGAUAACUCAAUAUCAUUUGAUUUACCUUGUGAAGUGAAGAAUACCUCCAGUAAUAACACUAGUUUUAUCAAUCAUAUAAUGAGUAAGAAGAGUCAUCAUCCAAGAAGUAAUACCUCGAAAAACUUACUACAUCGGAUAAGUUCUGCGUUUUCAUUGAAACUGUCAAAGUCCAACGAGGAAAAGAAGCCCGCUAUGCUCUUGCCACAAACCCGUUCCCACCAAGAUGAUAUUUCACUCAUGUCGGGGCUUGGAGACGAAUUUUUGUUGCAGCCAUCGUUCAAUUUGAAUAAGUAUAACACCAACUCACCAGCAGAUUCGCAGUCGAUACUGUCUUACGAUGAUGAGAUUUACGAUGACGAAUCAAUCCAUUCAUAUUAUUCCGAUUUGAAUAAUUAUGAAGUAUAUCAAGAUGAAGAAGAUAUGAAGGAAGAGUUUAAUAAGUAUAAGGAACGCAUGGAAUUGAGAUUACAAUUUAUUAAAGAAUUGGAAAGUUAAUUAAUUAAAUAUGUAUAUAGGGUAAAUAUGUAUAUAGGUUAAAUAUCAAUUUCA